UUGUAUUCAACCUUUUUCCCUUCUGCAAUUGUAAUUGUACUAAUCAAGAAUUGAAGUGAUCUGAAAAAAUGGCUUCCAAUGGGAACAAUCAUGUAUCCACAAAAUCACCACCAGAGCCUUCACCGUUGCGAAAGGCGAAAUUUUUCCAGGCUAACAUGAGGAUUCUGGUGACUGGUGGUGCUGGAUUUAUAGGCUCUCACCUUGUUGACAAACUGAUGGAAAAUGAGAAGAAUGAGGUGAUUGUUGCUGAUAAUUACUUCACUGGAUCAAAAGAUAAUCUAAAGAAAUGGAUCGGUCAUCCAAGAUUUGAGCUGAUUCGCCAUGACGUUACUGAGCCAUUGUUGAUUGAAGUAGACCAGAUUUAUCACCUUGCUUGCCCUGCUUCCCCCAUUUUUUACAAGUAUAAUCCUGUUAAGACAAUUAAGACAAAUGUAAUCGGAACGUUGAACAUGUUGGGACUUGCCAAACGAACUGGAGCAAGGAUUUUACUCACAUCGACUUCUGAGGUUUACGGAGAUCCACUCGUGCACCCUCAAGAUGAAACCUAUUGGGGCAAUGUUAACCCAAUUGGAGUUAGAAGUUGUUACGAUGAAGGCAAAAGAGUGGCUGAGACUUUGAUGUUUGAUUAUCACAGACAGCACGGAAUAGAAAUAAGGAUUGCUAGGAUCUUCAACACUUAUGGUCCUCGAAUGAACAUUGAUGAUGGUCGUGUUGUCAGCAACUUCAUUGCCCAGGCAAUUCGUGAUGAACCCUUGACUGUCCAGUUACCAGGAACACAAACGCGCAGCUUUUGUUAUGUUUCUGACAUGGUUAAUGGCCUUAUGAGACUUAUGGAUGGAGAAAAUACUGGACCAAUUAACAUUGGAAAUCCAGGUGAAUUCACAAUGCUUGAACUUGCGGAGAAUGUGAAAGAGCUCAUCAAUCCGGAAGUGAAAAUUAUCACCGUGGAGAACACACCAGAUGAUCCUCGACAGAGAAAACCCGAUAUCACAAAGGCAAAAGAGUUGCUAGGGUGGGAACCAAAGGUCAAGUUGCGCGAUGGUCUUCCUCUCAUGGAGGAAGAUUUUCGCGAUAGGCUCGGGAUUUCAAGAAAGAAGUGAGAAAAACAAGCAUCCAUGGUUGGGAAUUGAUGGAAAAUGAGAGUUCACAAAUAUAUAUGUUUUUGCAUCUUGGCUUUGGUUUAUACCUGAGAUAUCAACUUUUGUUUCUCAAAGUUUUCUUUUGUUGCUUUGUCUUUCUGAA